GCUCCGGCUCGGCCCGCGGGGGAGCCCGGGGAGCCGCACGUGUCCUGGGUCAUGAAACUUAGUCCACAACAAGCUCCACUAUAUGGCGAUUGUGUUGUUACAGUACUGCUUGCUGAAGAGGACAAAGUUGAAGAUGAUGCUAUUUUUUACUUGAUAUUUUCUGGCUCUACCCUCUAUCACUGCACAAGUACCCGGAAAGUCAGUUCUGAUACGUUGGAGACAAUUGCUCCUGGUCAUGACUGCUGUGAGACAGUGAAGGUGCUGCUCUGUGCUUCCAAAGAGGGCCUUCCUGUGUUUGUAGUCGCUGAAGAAGACUUCCAUUUCGUCCAGGAUGAGGCCUAUGAUGCAGCUCAGUUCCUGGCAACCAGUGCUGGAAAUCAGCAGGCUCUGAACUUCACACGGUUCCUUGAUCGAUCAGGACCUCCUUCUGGAGAUGUGAACUCUCUCGAUGAGAAGGUUGCGCUGGCAUUCAGACACCUGAAGCUGCCUGCAGAGUGGAAUGUGUUAGGGACAGAUCACACUUUGCAUGAUGGUAGCCCUCGGGAAACCCUGAUGCAUUUUGCUGUGCGGCUUGGACUGCUGCGGUUGACAUGGUUCCUGUUACAGAAGCCAGGUGGCCGUGGAGCUCUCAGCAUCCACAACAAGGAAGGGGCAACGCCUGUAAGCCUGGCACUGGAGCGAGGUUAUCACAAGCUUCACCAGCUUCUGACUGAGGAAAAUGCUGGUGAACCAGAUUUCUGGAGCAGUUUAUCCUAUGAAAUCCCUUAUGGCGACUGUUCGGUGAGGCACCAUCGAGAAUUGGACAUCUAUACAUUGACUUCUGAAUCUGAAUCACAUCGUGAACCCCAUGGAGACAGUUGUACUGGACAUAUUUCUAAACUUAUGAAUAUCCAACAGCAACUAAUGAAAACAAACUUGAAGCAGAUGGACAAUCUCAUGCCUUUAAUGGUGACAGGACAAGAUUCGUCUUGUGUGCCCAGUGUACCAGAGACAGAUGACCAGUUCCUUCCCUGUGUACCAGAGCCUUCUAACCAACAGCAGCUUCCUUUUGAAGAAACUAAGAGCACUCUGUGCUGCCAAGGGAGUCCUGGGAGGAAAGCUGAAAGUUCCUGUGAUUUGUCAAGUGUGGUUGAGGAAGAAAAUGUUGUCUGUUCUCAUAAGAAAAAUAAAGCUGCGAGGAGAAAACGGGAAGAGGCGGAGCCAGCAUCUGCCAUGGACUCCAGGUCUGCAUCUCAUCAAGACAGCUGCCUUCAGAACAUACCCGACUGUGGAGUGAAGGGCAGAGAAGGCCUUCCAUCCUGUGGAAACAGAACCGAAGUAACUGGAACAAAAUAUUCUGGAGUGGCCACAUGUCAGCAGCCACUGAGCAGCACGAGCAGUGUGCUGCAGGAUGUCAUGGUCACAGAACCAGAUGCAUGCCAGCACUCUUCUGGAAGGGAGCUACCAGUCAGUUCUUCAACAGAUGUUGCUGUCCCAGAAAAGGCAGGGGAACUGGAACAUAGCCUACUUACCCCAGAUGCUACCACCCAGAGCAAUAAGCCUCAAGUAGGGGAAGGCAUAAAGGAAAGAUGUGAGAAUUCGGACAUUAGCACAGCUGAGGUGACUGCUGUUCAAGUUUUAUGUGAACCCUUAGAGAAAGCUGAUAUUACAAACCAUGUCUUUGGCUCCAGUGCCAUGGGUGCUAACACUCCUGCUGUGGCUUCAACUGCAUCAAGUCCUAAAGAAAUCCCCAUUGAAAAACCAGGAAUGGAAACUCAGGAGAGAACCUGUGAGGGGGGAACCACAAGUGACCAGAGCUCCCAGGUGCUUCCUGCUGCUGCUGUUGCUGCUACAGAAGACAAGGUUUUCGGUGGACUAGAACCUCCCCUAGUAGCCCUUUGUGAGACAGCAUCACCCUUGGAUUUAACCAUGUUGGGGCCACGAUCAGAUGGGAUGCCAAAACAAAACUCAGAGUCUAAUGCACAUGCACGGCAUGCUGAGAGCCUAAAUAGCCAGGCCCUGCUCUGUUCUCCAGCCGGGUCUGGCACGCCUUCUGCUGAGUCUGCAUGUCAGCAGAGCACAGUAACUUCUAGUGGGGGGUUGGUAGUAGAACAUGGCAGUGGUAAAGCUAGCCUGCCUGAUAGCACAACAAUUCAGCCAAAUACGCAAGAUCUUUGCACCACCCUCUGCCCAAAAGACCCACAAGCUGACACAGUCACUUCUGACACAGUGAAAAAUACCCAGAAAUCUUUGGAGUUUUGUCAUCUCUGUAUUUUAGAUGCAAAAAGUCAAGAGAAAGAUUUGAAACAAGAUACACCUUUAACGAAUGUGCUUGAGGAUGUUCCACAUCUGCCUUCAGUUGUCCUCCAAACUCAGAGAAAACUAGUGCCAGACCAGGUAUCAUCUCCAGGCAGCAGUUUCUCUCUGGCGAGGAGUCCAGAGAGUGAAUCAGUAACCAAAGAUGACGUACUUUCUCUUGUCCCCUCCCAGAAAGAAAAGGGAACAGCAACUCCUCAGCCCCAUAGAGCUACAGCUUGUAGCGAUGGCCCAGAUGGAAGAGAUUUGAAUGAUACCGAUAAGGUACGAGACGGGGCCUCUGGCCCACCUACACCCUCUGCUGUAGAGCUGCAGACCAGCAUGGGGAAUACCAGCCUUGUAGGCACUGGUGGAGAACAGGAGGGUUCCAGCCCAACAGCAACACUUGAAGUGCUGAGCGACUCUUUACUACAAGGCACGGAUAAAACUGCUUUGGUUUCUGACUCUCUUCUGCCUGAAGAAGGUGACAAUGUAGUGGUUCUAGACAGUUCCACAGCUCUGGGGCAAGAUGGCAAAGAUAAAGCAAUGAGAUGUUCUUCUGUUAAAGAAGACACGCAUUCUUCAGAAAUGUCAAGGGAAGACCAAAGAACACCACCUCCUGGGCAGGAGAUACCAAGAUUAUGUGAAAAACCUGUAUCAGCCCUCUGUGCCGAGGAGAAAGCACUGCAGCACAGUAACUCACCAGACACACCCUCUGCCUGUCUGAAAACAGAAACUAAACACAACAAGGAAGUGGCCCCACAGGUCUCCCAGCCGACUGAAGGUGAGGCUGUAAAGAGCCUAGUGCCACCAAGAACGAGUCUGUCUGCCGAUUCAAAGCAGAAAGCCUCGAGUACAGAGCAGAGCGGCUCAUCUCUGUUGCCAAGUCAGCUGCCGGGUGCGUCUGAGGCACUCCAUUGUAAUCAGCCUUCUGCUCUCAAUGUUGGUGUGGAGAAUACUCAGUUCCAAGGGGAAACUAAUGCUUGUGAGGUAAGCAGAAAUGUAAUGGAGGAUGUUACAGUGGCUGAUGCUUUACCAGCUACUGCUGAGCCCAGAAGAGAGGAUACAUCACACUGCAUCAAAGAAAUCACAGUUUCAGAGUUGUUAAACCAAGAGAAGAAAAUGACUCCAAGUUUGCCAGAAGUCUUACUGGACAAAGGUGUCACUGACUUACAGGAAGUCAUAACCCCAGAGAUAGAACCACUUGAUUGCAAGAGAGAGAAACUGGAGGGAACAGAACUUAGCUGUGCCACAAGUAACUCCAAAGAGACCCCAAAUGAUGAAGAAACAAUGCAGCCUCUGACCAGGGACCUCCCUACAGAGACAGGGCUCUCAGCAAUCAAUGACAAUGUCCCCCAAGCUGACGUGAAGCAAGUGGCACAGGCCUCAGUCCCAGCAGAGGAAAGUAAUGCCACCACUGUACUUGGAACGGUCUCAAUCCAGGCUGCACAUGUGCCUACCAAAGCAAACUCCAUAGAGGAGACCGCCACUAGGAUAGUGGAGGCUGUCAUCAAGCGAGCCAAGGCCUCCAACACACUGAUGACGAAAGUAGAAAUUCCUAAUCCAUCACUGUCCAGUCCAGAGACUAAGCAGCUGGACAGUGCUUGUACAGAGAGUACAUGUGCUUUCCUACCUGGGGAGAUCCUGCAGAUGGAGAAUACUCAGAAAGAAACCACUGGACACUGUGGUGUUGAGACAGAGGAACCAGAGAAAAUUAUUCUACCUGUCGACAGGCCUGAGCCAGCACUAGAAAUGCCAGACACCAAAACUGGAGAUGAAGUGGAUCUUGUGAGUAAGAUCAGUGCUGCUUCUGAGGAGGAGGCUGUAGGAAAUGGAACUGCCACACCCAAGAUGAAGCAAGGCCCAGGGACCCAGGCGAUCAACCGAGAAAGCUGGUGUACCAUAGAGCCCUGCCCUGAAGCAGCGUCUCUCUUAGCUUCCAACCAGAACUCAGAAUGCAGAAGCUUCAUAGAUGUUGGACUAGGCACAGAGUGUGCCUCAAAAGAAGGCGUGCUCCAGAGAGUGUCAGGGAGUGAUUCUGACCUCUUUCACUCACCCAGUGAUGAAAUGGACAGCAUCAUCUUCUCAAAGCCUGAGGAAGAGCAGUUGCUUUGUGAUACAACAGGAUCCAGUUCUUCAACAGAUGACACAGCUUCCCUGGAUCGACAUUCUUCUCAUGGCAGUGAUGUGUCCCUUCCUCAGACUUCAAAAUUAAACAGGUCCAGAAAUCAUCAAAGUUCCAAUGGCUUUUCCAGCCAUGGAGUGGGACCUGAGAGUCGAGAAGGUGAAAGUGAGCCUGCUGGCUCUGCUGAAAUGGAAGAGGAGGAGAUGGACAGCAUCACCGAAGUACCUGCAAACUGCUCUUUUCUGAGGGGCUCCAUGCGUUCUCUUUCUCCUUUCCGGAGGCAUAGCUGGGGACCUGGGAAGAACGCAGCCAGUGAUGCAGAAAUGAACCAGCGGAGUAUGAGCUGGUGUCCCUCUGGUGUGCAGUACUCGGCUGCCCUGAAUGCUGACUUUAAUAUCAGAAGUUUCAGUCUGGAAGGCUUGACAGGAGGAAGCGGUGUUGGAAAUAAGCCAUCCUCAUCUUUAGAAAUAAGCUCUGCAAACUCCAGCGAGCUCAGAAACCCUUUCAGUGGUGAGGAACAGAGAAACUCUUUGAUGUCACUUUCAGAAGAACAUCUGGAGCCAGACCAGAGACAGCAUCAUAGGAUGUUUGAUCAACAGACAUGCUACAGGUCUAAACAACAGGGAUUUAACUACUGUACAUCAGCCAUUUCUUCUCCAUUGACAAAAUCCAUCUCAUUAAUGACAAUCAGUCAUCCUGGAUUAGACAAUUCACGGCCCUUCCACAGUACCAGUGCCAACCUGACUGAGAGUAUAACAGAAGAAAACUGUAAUUUCCUGCCUCCGAGCCCCUCAAAAAAGAAUUUUGAAGAAAAGAGUGGGACUAAGGUUAGUCGCACCUUCAGCUACAUCAGGAAUAAAAUGUCCAGCAGCAAGAAGAGCAAAGAAAAGGAAAAGGAAAAGGAUAAAAUUAAAGAGAAAGAGAAAGAAGCUAAAGAGAAGGAAAAAGAUAAAAAGGCUCUAAAUGGGCACACUUUCAGCCCCAUUCCUAUUGUGGGUCCCAUCAGCUGCAGCCAGUGCAUGAAGCCUUUCACCAACAAGGACGCCUACACAUGCGCAAGUUGUGGUGCCUUUGUCCACAAAGGCUGCAGAGAAAAUCUAGCAUCCUGUGCAAAGGUCAAAAUGAAGCAGCCAAAAGGGAGCCUCCAGGCCCACGAUACAUCAUCGCUGCCCACGGUCAUCAUGAGAAACAAGUCUUCACAGCCCAAGGAGCGCCCUAGGUCUGCAGUCCUCUUGGCUGAUGAGGCCACUGCUGUACCAAUGUUUACUAACAGACGGUCUCAGCAGAGUGUCUCCCUCUCUAAAAGUGUCUCCAUACAAAACAUCACCGGAGUUGGCAAUGAUGAGAACAUGUCAAACACCUGGAAAUUUCUGUCUCAUUCAACAGACUCACUGAAUAAAAUCUGCAAGGUCAAUGAGUCAACAGAAUCCCUUACUGAUGAGGGAGUAGGUACAGACAUGAAUGAAGGACAGCUGAUGGGAGAUUUUGAAAGCGAUUCUAAACAGCUAGAAGCAGAGUCAUGGAGCCGGACAGUGGACAGCAGGUUCCUUAAACAGCAGAAGAAAGAUGUGGUCAAGCGGCAGGAAGUGAUUUACGAGUUGAUGCAGACAGAGUUACAUCACAUCCGCACACUCAAGAUCAUGAGUGAUGUGUACAGCCGGGGCAUGAUGACAGAUCUGCUCUUUGAGCAGCAGAUGGUGGAGAAGCUGUUCCCCUGUUUGGAUGAACUGAUCAGCAUCCACAGCCAGUUCUUUCAGAGAAUCCUUGAGCGGAAGAAGGAGUCUCUGGUGGAUAAAAGUGAAAAGAACUUUCUCAUCAAGAGGAUAGGGGAUGUGCUUGUCGGUCAGUUCUCAGGUGAGAAUGCAGAACGCUUAAAGAAGACAUAUGGCAAGUUCUGUGGACAGCACAACCAGUCUGUCAACUAUUUCAAAGACCUCUACACCAAGGAUAAGCGUUUCCAAGCCUUUGUGAAGAAGAAGAUGAGCAGUUCAGUAGUAAGAAGGCUGGGAAUUCCAGAGUGCAUAUUACUUGUAACUCAGAGGAUCACCAAGUACCCAGUUUUAUUCCAAAGGAUACUGCAAUGUACCAAAGACAAUGAAGUGGAACAGGAAGACCUCACUCAGUCCUUGAGUCUGGUGAAGGAUGUGAUUGGAGCCGUGGACCGCAAAGUGGCAAGUUACGAGAAGAAAGUGCGUCUCGGUGAGAUUUACACAAAGACGGAUAGCAAGUCGAUCAUGAGAAUGAAGAGUGGGCAGAUGUUCGCCAAGGAGGACCUGAGACGGAAGAAGCUGGUGCGUGACGGGAGUGUGUUUCUGAAGAGCACAACAGGAAGGCUGAAAGAGGUUCAAGCAGUUCUACUCACUGACAUUUUAGUUUUCCUUCAAGAAAAAGACCAGAAAUACGUGUUUGCAUCAUUGGACCAUAAAUCAACAGUGAUCUCCUUAAAGAAGCUGAUUGUAAGAGAAGUGGCCCAUGAGGAGAAAGGCCUGUUCCUCAUCAGUAUGGGGGUGAAAGAUCCAGAGAUGGUGGAGGUCCAUGCAAGCUCCAGAGAGGAGCGCAAUAGCUGGAUUCAAAUCAUUCAGGAUACAAUCAACUCCCUGAACAGAGAUGAAGAUGAAGGGAUUCCCAGUGAGAAUGAAGAAGAAAAGAAACUGUUGGAUACCAAAGCUCGGGAGUUAAAAGAACAGCUUCAGCAGAAGGACCAGCAGAUCCUCCUCUUGCUGGAAGAGAAGGAGAUGAUUUUCCGGGACAUGACUGAGUGCAGCACUCCCUUGCCCGAGGACUGCUCCCCAACGCACAGCCCAAGAGUACUCUUCCGCUCCAACACAGAGGAGGCUCUCAAAGGAGGACCGCUAAUGAAAAGUGCAAUAAGUGAAGUGGAAAUCCUUCAGGGUUUGGUGAGUGGAAGCCUUGGUGGCACACUUGGACAGUCUAUCAGCAGCCCUGUUGAGCAGGAAGUCGUGGCUGGGCCCAUUUCUUUGCCCCGGAGAGCAGAGACCUUUGGAGGAUUUGACUGUCAUCAGAUGAAUGCUUCCAAAGGAGGUGAGAAAGAAGAGGGUGAUGACGGCCAAGACCUUAGGAGAACAGAGUCGGAUAGUGGUCUGAAAAGGGGUGGAAAUGCUAACCUGGUAUUUAUGCUUAAAAGAAACAGUGAGCAGGUUGUCCAGAGCAUUGUUCACCUCCACGAACUCCUUAGCAUGCUUCAGGGUGUUGUGCUGCAGCAAGACAGCUACAUUGAGGACCAGAAGCUGGUGCUGACAGAGAAGGCACUCACAAGGAGUGCAUCCCGUCCCAGCUCUCUCAUCGAGCAGGAGAAGCAGCGGAGCCUGGAGAAGCAGCGACAGGACCUGGCCAACCUGCAAAAGCAGCAGGCACAGCACCUAGAGGAAAAGCGCCGACGUGAGCGUGAGUGGGAGGCCCGUGAGCAGGAGCUUCGAGACCGAGAGGCCAAGCUGGCCGAGCGGGAAGAGACAGUCCGCUGUAGGCAGCAGGACCUAGAGAGGGACCGUGAAGAGCUCCAGCAGAAGAAGGGCACUUACCAGUGUGAUCUAGAGAGGCUACGGGCUGCCCAGAAACAGCUGGAAAGAGAACAGGAACAAUUGAAGAGGGACGCAGAGCGGCUCAGCCAGAGGCAGAUGGAUCAGGACCUUUGCCAGGUUUCAAAUAAACAUGGCAGAGUGAUGCGGAUCCCAUCCUUCUUGCCCAAUCCGGAUGAGUUCUCCUCGCCGUCUGCACCUUCUAUAACCAAAUCAGGCUCACUGGACUCAGAACUCUCAGUGUCUCCUAAAAGGAACAGCAUCUCUCGGACACAGAAAGAUAAGGGGCCUUUCCAUAUACUGAGCUCAGCCAGCCAAACAAAAGUUCCAGAGGGGCAGAGCCAGGCCCCAUCCAGCACCUCCACUUCCACCCGACUCUUUGGGUUAUCUAAGCCAAAGGAAAAGAAGGAGAAAAAAAAGAAGAGCAAAGGAAGCCGUGCUCAGCCUGGUGAUGGCCCUGCUUCGGAAGUACCAGCAGAGAGUGAAGAGAUCUUCUGUUGACCCAUCUCCUCUGCCAGGGCAGCCGCCUUCUAACCCUGACUUGACAGUGGAGCCACCAGGGCUCUCCUGCUGCCCCUGUGCAGAAGUCUCUUACACUGGACGCCCACUGCCCCUCAGCGUCCAGUCCUCCUGAGCUACCCCAGGUCCUGGACAAGAAGGAGCAGCACCUGGGUGGCAGGAACAGACACUCAGACUCUACUUCAGCUCUGACCCCUGACUGCCCAGGGCUUGGGUGGGCCUGGCCUUACUCAGGGUAUUACACUGAAAGUCGUGACCCUAGAAGUAGGUAAUAGUUUGAGACGUGUCAUGAUUCCCUAAAGGCUCAGAGGGUUUUUUCCAAAUGAGGUCUGAAACGCUGCCUUGCAUUUUGGGGAAAAAGAACCAGAAUCAAGGGGCAGAUAGUGCAGACUGUGUGUACAGUGGCCAUCUUUGUGUACACAUGGAGUACACAGCUGUGCACACAGUUCUUCUCAAACAUCAGGAUGCUUAGCCCAAGAGCAAGCACGUGACUGGCUAGGUGCUGCUCUCUGGAUACUCAGUAUUUCACCCUGUGGGCCUGUGAGAUUGGGUCCCUUGAAAUGGCCCUUGUGCACACAGCACCCCUCUCUGUAUGUACACCUCAUUUCAUUUAGGAAGAACAACAAAUGCUUGUGCAACCAACAAGAGGCCUGAUGCGAACCAAAAAACAUGGUCUGCACUGUCUGUCUCCGGACUCUAGGCUGAACUCUCUCACUUCGUAUUCAAAUCAGGAAGAAACAUACUGCCUGUCCUAGAUGCCUGUCUCCAUGCUCUGGGCACGGAGGAAGUAGAGAGGACUCCUCACCACUGUCCCCAGUAUGACACUUUCCAUUUGUUACUGGUCCUUGUGGGAAAGCAUACACCCUGUUAAUGCUCCCAGCCACCAGCUGCCUGACUAACACGUACCCUGAGGCUUCUCUGGGAUUACUGGUGAGAAGUAGGUUCCUGUACAGGAGUUAAGUCUUUCUGGUGGUUGUGCCAAUACAGAGAGGGGAGCUGGCCCUUAAGCAUGGCUGCGUGCAAGCGCCUCAGUCACACGUCCUCCUCACAUAUGGUUUUCAGAUGCAGUUUGCUUGGUUGCGCUCUUACCCUUGAAGCUGUCAAGUGCUGCCUGUCUCUCUUCUCACCCUCCGACUCCAUGCAUUGAUCUGUGCAUGCUUGAGGCCUUCACCAGCUCAUGUGUGCAGGACAGUUCAUUGGUAAUGUACCCUCUAAGGCUCACAUAGUCCCCAUGAGGGGCGCUCUGGGGCCUGUGCUUCACGCAUGGCCUUCCGUUCCUGCUUUUGCCCUCAGAAGCACAGGGCUUUGAACCAUUGUGCAGAAAACAAACCUGUAACUUGGUGCUUGUUGAUGACCUGCAAGCUGGUCUUGCAGGAACAGAUGUUUGUCUUUCAGUUUACUUGAAAGAGUUCUGAUUUAAAUUUUUUAGCCUAAAUUUGCUUUAUUUAUUUUGUGUUUGUGUUUUUCUUUGUUUUAUUUUGAAAAUGAACCAGUACUGGCCCAACAGUUUAAACCAUCUUUUGAGUACAGAAAAUGAAGUGUCUGUCCAAGUGCUUGAAGGUCCCAGGAAGACUGGGGUUGAGAUGGGUGCUGUCCCCUUCUGUUUCAGGCCCAUGGGAGCUGUCCCCUUCUGUCCCAGGCCCAUUUUUUCAUAAGGAACAUUUGUUCUUUUUUAGAGAUUUUUAAAGUUGCCCCAUUUGCUACUUUUGCCUCUUUUUGACAAGAUUGGUUUGGCUCUUUAAAUUCUGGGGGUUUUGUUUGUUUGUUUGUUUGUUCGUUUCCUUGGUUAUAUUUUGUUUUGGUUUGGUUUGGGUUUUUUUCCCUACUAAAACUAUAAUGUACUUCCCUCAACUUUAACAGCAAGAAGUUAGUUGCUUCCUUCUCCCAGUCCAGCUUUGACCUCUCCAGCUGUCACAGCAGAGCCUGGCAUGCCUCAGAUCCACAGGGUUUGGCAGGCCCUCCUUGUCCCUGUCUCUGAACACCCCCCUCAGGGAGACUGCACUUCCACAGCAAAGUACUUCUGCUUGAGGGAAAGAGCCUGACUCCCACCUAGACUUGACAGAAAGUCAGACCAAGCCCUACCCUCCUCCCUGUGCAGAGGGAAGCCAGUGACCGCCUCCAGGUUCACUCUGACACACAGUGAGCCACUGUCCACCCCUGGAAGCUUCAUUCCUGUCCCCACACCCCCAACCCCCACCCCCACCCCCCUACCAACCAACCCCUGCCCUCUGACCCAACCAGCUGUGUUGUAUUUGGGUUGCUUUGGUUGUUUUAAAAAACCAAUUUGACUUCUACCCACAUUCCCCCAAACAGUGGCCAGUGACAAUUGGGAGAAGUUAAAAUCAAAAGUAUCCUAAGCUGCCCAACUUCCUUCAGGAAGAGAACCAUUUGCCAAGAACUGUUUGACCUGCCUGCACUGCCUGGCCCCUCAGAAGUCUGUCACGCUUGGGGAACUGCUGCUUCUGCACUUGCUUAGGUCCCUGAAGAUUGCUGUGGCUGAGUCUUCUGUGGAUUCUCUAAUAUGAGAAGGGUGGUCUCCUAGCAACCAGGAUUGUGUCCUGUCUUGUUCCCCAUACUGAGAAAUCAUGAUUUUUAUAUCAAGCUAAAGAAAUCAUUGCUUUGUGGGACAGGCGGAAAUUGAGCCGAGCCUUGUGGAAUCUAGUGAACUUUCUGGAAGAUUGUAUCUUCUCUCAGAGAUUAUAAUCAUCUCAGUAGUUGUCAUCCCAUCUGGGUGACAUGUGCACUUUAAAUGACCUCUCAUCAGCUGGCUUCAUCUUUGAGACAAUCAAAUCUGUUAACUUUUUUCUUAGAAGAUGGAGAGGGUUAAAAUAAAGACAUGUAUGUCUGUA